CAGUCGCAUCGCGCGCGUCACGUCCGAUCGUGUGCGCGGCAGAACGUUAUUACUCCGUCGUAUUAUCAAUUGUCUUUGUUUCGUUUAUACCGACGACGACUGCUGCUUCGUGUGAUGAUUGAUAGUCCCGUCACACCUAGGCACAUUCGAGAUGGCCCGUCCGCUCCCGUGGCUGCCGGUGCUGCUUGUGUUGCUGCCGCCGGCCGCGGCCUUUGCCAACGAGCAGUGUCCGAUGAACGCUUCCAGACCGGCGCCCGAAAACGCUUACCAGGCAAACGACGUACUGUGGGCCGGGAAACCGAAAAAAGCGUAUCCGUCGGCCGCGUACCGUCCGGUUCAGGGCGGCGGUUACGUCCUGUGCACGUGCGCAGUGGAAAUGUGUCUACGCAAGUGCUGCCCGCAGAACUGGGCGUACGUGGAAGGGAAAUGCUCGGCACUCAACGCAUCGCUCGACGACAAGUUUGAGAUUCAUGCUGUAUUUGAAAUUAUUCAUCGUCAUGGGUGUCAAUUGGUUAACGGAAAUUACAUCAUUGGCAUCAGGUUAAAAUGGUUCUGACUUAGUGUGGUGCGUUUCAAGGAACUCGUUGCAAGGAGUGUUCAUUUUUUUAAUUUUUGUUUGUAAAAAAUGUGUUUUAAAUUUAUUAAACAAAAAACUUUGGCCAUGGUUUCAACUUUUUAAGACAUCUACUGCA